ACCUUCAAAGCUCCCGCGCUCGCCCCUCCCCCGGACUCUGACGCCUUCUCAUUGAUACUAAGCGCGAUUUCGGGAUGCGCAGUUGUCUCGCAGUACAGUGAGAUGGCUUUGCAUCCAGGCUUGACGGAAGGCUAGCCGACUGGGAGGGGCGUGAUGUAUGUUCCAAUUUGCCGCCAUCGCGGUGAGGCUGGUGCUAGACCGAGAGCAGCGGCCGCUCGUUUCGAGAAGCCUACUAAAAAGCUACAAAAAGAUGUCCCUUCCCCGACUCAACAAGUCUCCUCUCUUCCCAUCACGCUUCGUCUCCAGCUCUCGGACCCUCUACUACUUCAUUACUCACCCCUUGUACUGCUUCAUCACCCACCUCUUAGAACCCUGCUUUAAUCCUUUGUACUCGUCCAUUUUCAUCAAGCGACCAUGGCCCGCUCACUCAACGUCCUACUCCUGUGCGCCCUAGUGGCCGCAGUGCUCGCCGUCACCUCGGCCAACGCCGCCCAAUCUGGCAGCCUACGUGCGGUAGCCCGCGAACACCCUCCUUACCGAAGGCAGCACCCUCAUCCUCAUCCCCACCCUCAGCCUUCUCAGAUGUCCGCCUCGUCGGUGACGGCCUCCUCCUCCUCGAGCACUCCCAAGAGCGACACCGGCAGCAACGAAUCUGACUCCUCGACCGCAGCCGCAGCUUCUACGCCAGAUGGCUCAAGGCACCCUAACCCUCACCCUCAUCCCACGGUUACGGGCGCUGGUGAAUCGCAGAUUGCAGCGUCUGCUACCCCGUCUUUAGUCAUUCCCACGGCAACGGUCGGCACGCCCGUGGAGCACACUGCCGUCUCGCAGAGCAUCGGUUGCGAUCAGUCCAGCUCCCUGACUGACUCAAUCGCUUCCGCCGUGGAAACGCAUGUCUCCGGCUCUUCUGGAAAGCAUCCCCACCCUCACCCUCAGCCUUCUCGCCAGUCUGCCCCGAAAUCGCCUUCCGGCCCUGCCCAAGAGACGACUGCCCCUUCUCCGCCCUCUGGCGGCUCUCAGAUCGACAAAAGCGGCGCCUCUUCGGGCAACGUUGGCGAGACCAUCCAGCAGUCAGAGUCCUCCACCGCGACCUCUGGCACAACAGGUGACACUGCCUCUUCUGCCAAACAUCCUCACCCUGCCCCUCCCAAGCAAGGCGAGCAGCAGCAGCAGCAACAAGAAGACGAUUGCGGUGAAGAGAAGACGCAGCAGCAGCAGCAAGACAGUGAAGAGCAGCUCCCCUCUCCUUUCCAUGCCAAGGAGCAAGAAGGAGGCGGACGGGGCCACCCCCACCCCCAUCCAAUUCGCCCGAGUCAUGGACCUCACGGCUACGAGCCAAUGACCGCCAGUAAUUCAUCGCAGUCGCAGGACAACUCGAUCAAGGAGAUUGGCUCUACGGCGGAGUCGACCACCAAGGUGACGAAGGCUACUUCUCAGGGCAACGCCUCGAGUGGAGCAUCUUCCGCCGUUAUUGCCAAGGAAGCAUCGUCAUCUUCGGGCGACUGUAGCUGCAGCUCGUCCGGCUCGUCCACUGCCAAGAGCAUCGCCGCCGACCCGUCGUCGACGAGCGACUCUGGGGCUAGCAAGGCUCGAAGAAGCUGGCAGGGGAAGCCCGGACCGCUGCGUCUACGUUAAGUGAAUGUCACUGGUAGCGCCUCUCGCAUGCGCCUUCCCGCUGGGCGGAGAUGAUGUGUGUCGUCGACGGCUCGCACUGGUAUAUUACUUGAAGCUCUCAAGCCUUCUUUGCGAUGGCCAUUAUCCCCAAUGGCCACGCUACUCGGACCUUGUCGUCGCUCAAC